AGCAGCGUAUCUCAACAACGACAGCAACGAUAAAUGAACCAUCAACAACAGUAUCUACGCCAGUAUCAGCUCCAGCGCCCGCUCCAACUCCAUUAGCGUAUCAGGCACAGGCCGAUCCAUCUUUAGAUUCUUUGGAUGCUAAAACUGCAAGUAACAUUUCGCUAGCGACAACACUAUCGUCCGAUGAUGGGGAUUCGUUUGUUACCACUCGCAAUGGGCUAUCAUCCUCAUCAUCUAUGUCUCUGGGCACCUUGUAUCAUCAAGCCAGAUACAGCUCGCUGUCUUUGGUCAGCGAAGAUUUGGUGCAACAACGCAUGAGACAACGCAAAGCUGAAAUUUCUGCAGCAACAGCUGCUGUGGUGGCUGCUGCAAAGGCGGCAAAGAAGCAUACGGCCGCUUCUGUUGCCUCGUCCUCUCCUCCUCGUUCCACCAUAAAGAACAGUAAAAUAACUUCCGAACAUCAGUCGUCACCAAGAACAGGAGCAGCAAAAGCACUUGGAAGAGAUUUGAUCCAUCGUGUCGACACUCGUAUCAUUCACGCAAUUAUCGACCGUAUCCUGUCAUUUGAAAACAAUGACAAAUCUCGUCAUGGUGAUAGCAACAAUGAUGAUUACCAAGGAAACAGCCAUAAUGAAGACGACGCCAAAACUGAUGUGAUCGUAUCGCCUCUCGCUCCGAAUUCGCUUACGUCUCCUUUAGCAGAUGACGUUUUUCUUAAACGUGCUGUGGAGGAAAAGGAUCAAGAAGGCUCUUACCAGCCUUCUCUUGAACCCAAUUAUCAAGGCACUGAUUCGGAGAAGCCGACCACAACGUUGGCCGAGCGACACUUGCGCAGGCGUCAAGGUGCGAUCCAAGAAUUGCUGGACACCGAAGUCAGCUAUUGCAAAGAUUUGAACUCACUUGUCAACCACUUUUUUCGCGGCAUUGCUGAUAUCAACAGUGUUCCGGAUCGUUUCAAAGAAGGACUCUUUCGCAAUUGCAGUCAAAUUUUGACAUUUCAAACGCAGUUUUCAGAGACGUUGGUAUCGGCCAUCCAGAGUGAACAUUGCCAGGACGAUCAAAUUGAUCAGCGUUUGAUGCGCAUUGCUCGUCAGUUCUGCAUUUGGGCUGAGAAAUUUGAUGUGUACAUCGAUUACUGCAUUUAUCAAGACAAGGCAACCGACGUCCACAAGGAGCUGAUGUCAAACAACAUGGCGUAUCAACAAACGCUUGACAAACUCAACAAAUUUAAAAGAUCCACAGAUGAAAUGAACGGUCGGCGUAUGUUCGAAGAUUAUAUGAUUAUGCCUGUCCAACGACUUUUGAAAUACAAACUGAUACUAGAGUCGAUGAGCAAAACUGUUCCCUCAGACUCUGCUGAACAUGAGUCGCUGAUGAUGGCGUUGAACGUUAUGCACGAGGUCGCCUUGCGGCUUAACUCUGAGAAAUCACGCAUGGAGGCUCGACGCAAAACUAAGCUUUUCCUGAACCGGCUGGAUACGGAUUGGGUGAAUUCAAAUGCUAAAGUGAAGGCUGCUUCUAGACGCUUUUACGGUGUUCUUGGAUCAUGCGUAUUGAUUGGCACAUUGGAUAUUCGGAUAUUAUCCGAAGGUACCAAAGUAAAACGCUUUGGAUGUGCACUAUUCAACUCGUACAUGAUUAUCGCCAAAGGAAAACGACACGAUCGAUAUGAGCCACGCCAUUGGUUUCCCCUGCGCACUUUUGAGGUGCGAGAACUUCCAAACGAGCAGCCCAGUCUUCCGCAUUCUUGGCUGUUAUUUAGUGAAACCCGAUCUAUUGAAUUUGGCGCUAUGUGUGAGACAGAAAAGCAAAUUUGGCUGGACAAACUGAGAGGUGCCGUAAAAAAAUCCAAAGACGAGUACGAAGAAAGCCAGACAUCCAGCAGUGCCGUUGAAGAACUGUUCGUGUCAUCGUUCAACUUGUCGUCAAGCGCCAGCAACAAUAACAGCAACAUUACUGUGGCAACAGGAGGAUCAGCAGUGCCACAACCAGGCUCAGUACAUUCAUAUGGAUCGACAUCGUGUACAAGCCUUAGCAGUUUCUUUUCGCGAUCAGAACUUCAAGUUCACAGCGGAAGCAAUGUAGCAUUAGAUAGUAGCAACAACAACAGACCUGACACACCAAGGACAACAUAUUCGGUUGAUACGAUUGAUGAUGGCAAUAGCGAAUCACCAACACAUUCAUCUGCACAAAGCAGCAACGUGAAUUCACCUGGAAUGCGCUCGCAGGCGAGCAUCAGCGAUUUUUGCGACUUUGUCACCAAUACUGUGGCCGAUUUCCGUUCACAACGACGCUAUCAACAAUACAGCCUACGCUCAAUCAAUAUUGACAACAAGUUUGAAGAUGUGUGCACAACGCCCAUCUUAACUGCCCGCUCACAAGCUAAAAAUGAUCGCUCGAGCGGUAUGGAACAAUGGAAGAGAAAGAGCCGUAUGGGCAAAUCGGCCUCAAUGCUUGCAUUUACCAGUAUCAAGGGACUCGAAGACGAGUACCAUCCUCCUGCUCAUCAUCCUCACCAUCAUUCUCAACCGCAUCAUCCGCAUUCCAAAGGACCUAUGCCAACAGCAACCAUGUCAUCGCCACAGGAUAUAUUCAGAAGCGCUGUGCACCGCAAAGCAUCGUUACCCAGUCGACUCCGCAUUUCUGAGCCUAUCACGAUGAAUCAUGAUACCUUUCCUCGUCGACCACCAUCCACUCACAGUAUGCAUUCAUCCGUAACAGCAACGACGGCAUCAGCACGCGAAACGCCAUCGCAGCAGCAACAUCCACCACUGGGAGCUAGCGGAUCAGUAAAUACCGAAAGCAUGAUUUUUAGACUAUCGCGCCGUGGAUCACUUAACAGCAGCAACGCGAAUGAGAGCACGACGAGUUUCCAAUCAAGAAGUAAUGCUGGCGUCAAGAUGCAAGUCGCAAGCAAUGAUCCUGCCGCACGAUUACCACCUCAAGCCACACCGGGUCUGCCACGCUCACUGAGCGCAGCUACUAUGGGACUUGCUAGAACAUCAUCUCGUUUUUUCGGUCGCAUGGUGGAAAAGUUGGGUACUAUAGGAACCCCACGACGAACCAGACGGAAUCCCGCAAAUACUGACUUGAGAUUGACACAAAGUGAUGCCCCUUAUACUCCUUUGGCUACCUCUUCAGUGCCAGGAUAUACAGCAGAUUCAUCACAAAAACAGGCGAGAAAGACAAAACGACAGCUUUCAAAGAAACCACCCCCGCUUAUUAUACCUGAAUCAUCUGCUCACAGAACAAAUAGCAUAACGAGAAAGGGGCGAUCAACGGAAAGACAGCUACAAAAGUAGAUGGUUAUUUGCAUCGCUUGUUUGAUAGUUAUAUUGGAUAACAGUGUUGGCAAUACCACAAACAUGAUAAUUUUAGAAAACUUUAUUAUUACUGAAUCCUGUUACAUACACCAUGAAAAAUUUGUUGGUUCAUUAAAUACAUG